AUUGAAGAGAAUCAGGAUCAUCCGGAAAUAUUAAAUAUCAAUUGUGUUGAUCCACUAAAUCGAUCGGCACUGAUAGCCGCUAUUGAAAAUGAAAAUAUUGAACUUAUCAAACUGUUACUCGAAUUGGGAAUUGAAGUGAAGGAUGCACUUUUGCAUGCUAUUAAAGAGGAGUACGUGGAAGCGGUAGAGAUCUUACUGGAAUGGGAGGAAAAAAUACACAAGCCAGGACAACCUUACGUAAGUUCAAUAAUGCUAUUAGUUUACACUUGGGAAAUUGCAAAUGCAUCAUCGAACUUUACAUCUGACAUAACGCCAUUGAUUUUAGCAGCUCAUAAAAAUAAUUAUGAAAUAUUAAAACUACUUCUAGAUCGUGCAUUAGCAUUAGCAUUAGCAUUUUAUUGUAGAUGCGGUUGCGACGAAUGCGUCACUUCCAGCGAACAGGAUUCUCUUCGACAUUCGCAAUCUCGAAUAAACUCAUACCGAGCACUCACUUCGUCAUCUCUCAUUGCGCUUUCAUCGAGAGACCCACUUUUGACGGCGUUCGAGCUUUCAUGGGAACUGCGUCGCCUCAGCAGAAUGGAGCAAGAAUUUCGCGCUCAAUAUAACGAGAUGCGGGAGCAAACGCAGCAAUUUGCAACCGCCUUGUUGGAUCACGCGCGUACGUCUUAUGAAUUAGAAGUAAUGUUAAACUACAACCCUACUGGCGAAAAUUGGGACCCUGGCGAAAGACAGACCUUGGACCGACUUAAAUUGGCUAUUAAAUAUAAACAAAAGCAAUUUGUCUCUCAUCCAAACGUGCAACAAUUAUUAGCUGCUAUUUGGUAUGACGGUCUUCCGGGAUUUAGGAGAAAAAGCAUGAUGGCGCAAUUAAUGGAAGUGGCCAAGCUUGGUGCAAUGUUUCCAGUUUAUAGUGCUAUUUAUAUGAUAGCGCCUACUUCGCAAAUGGGAUUGUUUAUGAAGAAACCAUUUGUAAAAUUUAUAUGUCAUUCCGCAUCAUACGCUUUUUUUCUAAUGCUACUUGGAAUGGCAUCACAAAGGGUUGAAUACUUAUUAAUCGAAUUGUUUGGUAAUGAGUGGAUGCGCGAGAUACUUGCUGGUUGGAAGAAACGAGAACGUGGUUGUAUUCCAGGUUUCGUUGAGACAGGCGUGAUCAUCUAUGUGAUAAGUUUAAUCAUCAGCGAAAUUAAAUCUUUAUGGGCAGACGGCUUAAUUGAAUAUAUAUCAGAUCUGUGGAAUAUUGUGGAUUUCAUUCAAAAUACAUUUUACGUGAUCUGGAUAAGUAUGCGUGUUACGGCUUGGUGGAUAGUACAGAGAGAAUAUUGGAAUGGUUUAGAUCCUUGGUAUCCAAGAGAUCAGUGGCAUGCCUUCGAUCCAAUGCUGCUUUCAGAAGGAGCAUUUGCAGCCGGAAUGAUAUUUAGCUUUUUGAAACUUGUCCAUAUAUUCAGCGUAAAUCCUCAUCUCGGGCCACUCCAGAUUUCCCUCGGGAGGAUGAUAAUAGACAUUAUCAAAUUUUUCUUCAUCUACACCCUCGUGCUAUUUGCCUUUGGCUGUGGUAUGAAUCAGUUGAUGUGGUAUUAUGCGGAUUUAGAAAAGAAAAAAUGUUAUCAUGCGUCUGAGGAGUUACCCGAUUUUGAUAAUCAAGAAAAAGCCUGUUCUAUAUGGAGAAGAUUUGCCAAUUUGUUCGAGACAUCACAAUCUCUUUUUUGGGCAAGUUUUGGCAUGGUCGACUUAAUGUCAUUUGAUUUAACGGGCAUUAAGAGUUUCACGCGAUUCUGGGCACUCUUGAUGUUCGGUUCUUAUUCCGUGAUAAAUGUCAUUGUGUUGUUGAAUAUGCUAAUUGCUAUGAUGUCUAAUUCUUAUCAAAUCAUUUCGGAAAGAUCUGAUACAGAAUGGAAAUUUGCUAGAAGUCACUUAUGGAUGAGUUAUUUUGAAGAUGGCGAUACUGUACCACCACCAUUCAAUAUGAUCCCAACGAAUAAAACUUUCCAAAAACUAUGCAAAUGUGGUGGCGUUGGUCGUUCUACAACAUCUUUCAUAAAAAAAUCUCGAGAAAAGGCUUUGAUUAGACAUGACACUGUAAUGCGUCUACUUAUACGUCGCUAUGUGACAGCUGAACAAAGGAAGCGAGAUGAGUUUGGCAUUACAGAGGAUGAUGUCAGAGAAAUUCGACAGGAUAUUUCCAGUUUUCGAUAUGAUUUGAUCGAUAUCCUUAGGAAAAAUGGGAUGUGCACCCCAGCGCUUGAUAAAGAAGAAACAAAUAUACCUGGCAAAAAAGGCAGAGUGAUGGAACGUCGUCUCCAGAAGGAUUUUCAAAUUGGUAUAGUGGAAGGUAUCGUACAGGCCGUGAUUCAAAGUGAAAAGGAACCGAAGGACGUGUUUAGUCAAAUCGCAAAGGCCAUUGGACGAAAAGGGAGCAGUAGCGGUAAGAGAGAUUGGAACGCCGUAGUGAGACAAAGUACCAUCACGAUGGAUCCUAUCGGGAGUACGAACGAAGCGAUGCAACGUCAAACCCGGCGCAGUUUACGUCGCCAUCUGGCAUACCAGCCGAAUUCCGAUCUAGCAUCCAUGGAUCCGAAACGACUAGUCGAUUAUAACCCGAAUCUUUCGGAUUUUACACCGGCUACUAGAAUAGCUUAUGCCAAAUUUAUGCUAAGCAAGAAUAAGCUGGACGAGCAGUCUGAAGGUAUAAAUAAUUCUUCGACAACAACUGAGGCGGCACCUCGAAGAAGCAGCAAAGUUAUGAUAGCGAAAACUUCAGACAUUCCACGACCCGCUAUUGAAACAUUUAAGAAAGAUCUAUUGAAAUCUACGAGCAGCAACAGCAUGGAUAAAGCGCUAGAAAAAGUACUUGAUAUUAAAGCUUCCGAAGUCAGAUCAACAUCACCUAUACCCGAGGAUCCUCUAGGAGAAGAAGUCAACAAACAGUCGACAUCUUCAGCAAUAUCUGAUCAGGAAAAGAAAAUCGAAAUGAAGGAAAAUGCGCAAGAACAACAAAAAGAGAAAGAAACAAGCGAAGACAAGACAUUAGAAGAGCAAAGACAAGAAGAAAAAGUAAAGAAUGAAAAGGAAUGUCAACAAUCAGAAAAUAUUAAAAAGAAUAACAGUGAUUACAUUGAAGAGAAGACCCCAGAAAUCAAUAAAGAAAUUAAUAUAAAAAAAUUCGCUGAAUCUGACGUAAAAGAAAGCAAAUCAGAAAUAUCACCAAAUCAAACUACAAAAUUGCAAGGAAAAUCAAAAGCGACUGGUCGAGUAAUGGGAGGCUGGAUUUAAUAAAAUAUCAUUCUGUGAAAUUAACAUAUGUUGUUCAUUUCAAUUCGUUUAAAUUUGAAUAUCUUAUUAAAUUUAAAUGUCUCCUUUUAUAGAUUUUAUAUUUAUUUUAGAGGUUUAGUAAUAACAAGCUAUUAAUUAUACGUAAUAAUUCAAAGUCUAAUUAUAUUAUAUAAAAUCUUUAUCCGGGAAAUUCCUUAGAAAUGAACGGUUCAGGAGGAAAAAUAUUUUACAAUCUCGUCAAGCGGUGGUAUUCAUAAUAUACAAUGUGUCCCAACAACGUUAGGAGCGGCACGUUUACCCAAGAUCAAACUAAUAAAAGACCAGUAAAUAGAUCAGUAAAUUUUAAACCCUACAAUUUUUACUCGAAACACUUUUCUGUAAAACUUAUAUUUUUCGAGAUAUUCAGGUCCUGAUCGUUUUGGCAGGUAUCACCAGGUACACCUUGAAUGAGACGAUCUUUUUUUUGUUUAUAUAACAUGAAUAUAAUUUCGAAUUAUUUUACAUGACAAGUAAUAUUCAAUAUUGAUGCUUACUAAAAUAUGUCAACAAUUUUAUACCUAUCACUUUGCUUAAAUCAAUUAAAUACACUACCAUCUUUCGUAAUUCAUCAAUUAUCAUCAUUCGUAAUUACAUCACUUUCAGUUAAUUUUAUGGUAUACAUUUUAUUAAUAUAUUAAAAUGUUUGUAACACCUAGUAGAAUUUAAUUUAACUUUGUUAAAUUUAUAUAAGUUAAUUUAACUUAAAAAAAGUACAAUUAAUCACAAUUUGCAAAAUUAGUUGUGAAAUCAAAUAUUAUAUAACAUUAGAAACUCCAUUAAGUAAAUGAUUUACUAUACUGUGUUACUAUAUUGUAAGUUCAUAAAUACAAACAAAUAACGCAUGAUUCAUAGUUGUAAUUUACCCGCUGGUUUUCCUUGUUCUUUCUUAGAUAUCUUUAAUGUCACGUACAAGCGAUAAACAGAUGGUUUUUAAUUUUGAUGACAUUAUCGGUUCUAUCUUCACCGUGCACAUCAUCACGAACGAUGCCUUAUAUAGAUAGCAAAUGUAGCAUAUGACGUAAUAAAUAAAAUUACAGU